GAAUUAUUAAUAAUAUUUCUUUUCAAUUAUCUGAUACUAUUAUUCCUAUUGAUGUGGAAGUAAAUGAUGCUCAAGUUUAUGCUAUAAUUGCUGGAAUCAAUUGGCUUAACAAAAUGCAAAGUAUUAUUGAUUUAAAAAGAGGACAAUUUAGAUUUACUUGGGACAACAAAUCUUAUAUUUUAUCUAUUAUAUAUUGGGAAAAGCCACAAUAUAACAAUGGUGAGUCUAUCUCUUUAAAAAACUCUUCUGAGUCUAAUGACUCAAAUAAUCAAACUUCAUCUGCUAAAACUAAUUCUAGUGAAAUUAGUGAGGAUAAAUAUAAAUCAUCUGAUGAUGAACAAGAGGAAUCUAAAGGAUUCUUAGUUAUAGGAAAUUCUAAUGAAAAACCUAUACUUGAAAUUAAUAAUACCCAA